AUGACAGCAAAUCACCACUUCCGCCCAUGGGGCUUUCGAUGCGCCUCGACUGCCCGCGUAACCGCUUCGUUAUUGUUAUCCUUCCUUGCCUUUUCGCCAUCUUCUGCGUCCAGCAACCUCGGCAGUCGAUUCCAAGACGACGUACUAUUACCUCCUGGACCCCUUCUUCCAUCACCUCCAGAAGUCCCUUCACCCGCCGAGCAUACGUUCAGUUUGCGACACAUAUACCAUCAUGGCACCCACCUUCACCCCAGCCUUCACAGAAGACGAGAUGUUAUUCAUGAUCAGUCGAGAGUUUACCUGGCUGCCGAAGAUGAAUAUGGCGAAUAUGAGGUCUCCCGGUUGAAAGCCAAGAGUCGCCCUGACACAAUCCAGAGGCUCGUCGACCGAAGACCAUCAGUUGUCGAUCCCAUGGUCGCCGAGUCUCGGCAGAGAGGCUACGCUGCUGUUCUUGAUGCAUCGGCAUGGACCAUGGAUCAAGUCUCUUCUCCGGAUAUUAGGGAUAAGGACACUGUUUUGGCCUUGGCUAUCAUGACAGCCAACGCAUAUGUUGAGCAUGAAACCGAUGCCGACUGGGAGGAUGUUGGAGAACGCUGGAACCGAAGCGCCGAUUUCGGAUGGGAGUCUGACGGCCUCCGCGGACAUGUUUUUGUUGACGAUACGAACUCAACUAUCAUCAUCGGCUUGAAAGGCACCACGACUGCUGUUUUCGAUGGAGAAGGCACCACUACUAACGACAAGGUCAACGACAAUCUUUUUUUUAGCUGCUGCUGCGCCCAGCAAGGCCAGUGGACUUGGCACCAGGUUUGCGACUGUGCUACAGGCACAUACUCUUGUAACAACACUUGCGUUGUUCAAGCACUGAGGGAAGAAAAUCGGUACUACGGCGCAGCCCGCGAACUCUACUCAAAUGUGACGGAGCUCUAUCCUGAUGCUCAAGUUUGGCUAACAGGUCACUCGCUUGGUGGUGCUGUGACGUCGAUGCUGGGUAUGACAUACGGCCUGCCUGUUGUUACGUUUGAAGCUGUUCCUGAGGCUCUCCCGGCUUCCAGGCUGGGCUUGCCUGUUCCUCCCGGCGCUAGUGCCGAUUAUCCCCAAAUGCGAGAGAACACAGGCACAUUCCACUUCGGCCACAAUGCAGACCCCGUUUAUAUCGGCACAUGCAAUGGCGCAACAGCUUCUUGCACCUAUGGCGGCUAUGCCAUGGAGAGUACUUGCCAUGCCGGUUAUGAAUGUAUGUACGACGUCGUCACUGAUAAGGGAUGGAGGGUUGGAAUCGGUACACAUCGCAUCCGCUCCGUCAUUGACGACGUCAUCAAGAAGUACGACAAUGUUCCCGAAUGUAGACGGACCCCUGAGUGCCGAGACUGUGCGCAGUGGAAAAUGUACGAGAGCAACGGAACUGAAACCACCACAACAACAUCAUCGCCCUCUACCUCCACGAGUACUCGGACUAGGACCCGUACGUCAACUUGCGAGACGCCAGGGUGGUGGGGUUGCCUUGACAAGACCACACCGGUCACGACCACAACAUCGACCACUUCUUCGUCGACAUCAACAUGCAAAACUCCAGGGUGGUUCGGGUGCAAGGACAAGACAACAAGUGAGAGUAUCACUACAACAACUACUGAGGCUUCGACGACAACGACCUGUCAUACCCCUGGUCGAUUCUGGGGGUGUCGCGACGAUGUGGACGCAACGACAACUGCCGAGCCUGGUCAGAUUACAAACAUGCCCGUUACUGCUGCGCCCACAGGUGCAGUGGAUGAUGCUCCAAGUACGGCGGUACCAGAAACUCAGAGAUGUGUUGCCCGUAACUGGCUUGGGCUGUGCAAAGGAUGGACUGUCGAGGAUCUGGAAUUCACGCCAAAUGAGAUGUAG